AUGGGCGACGCGAUCGGUUUGGGCGGCGGCGACGGCGCCGCCGUCGGCGCCAUCGGAGACAUGUCCAAGGAAGUCGCGCGCAUGAAAAAGAUGACGAAACAGUCCAUAGAUAAGGAGCGCGCGAUGUUGGACAGCCUCAACGCGCUGCGACGCGCGAGAGACGCGAGCGAGACGCGCGUGAGGGACCUCGCGAGGGAGCUCCAGGAAGCGCAGAAGGACACGAAGGCGUGGGAGGUGGAGGAACGCUCGGCGAUGCGGAGAGUCGACGAAAACAGCCGCGGCGGGCGCCUCAGCCUCCGCGACCUGCCUAACGGCGGCGUCGGCGCCGGCGCCGGGAUCCAAGAGGCGUCCACGCCGCGCCCCCAGGAGAGAGCCGGAUCCGCGUACGGCGCGAAGCUCGAGCGGUUCUCCGCGUCCGACGACGGCACGGAGUCCGACGGCGGCCUCACCGACCGCUCCGACGCGUCCCUCGCGUCCGCGCGUCGUCACGGCGAGCACCCCGUGUUCAGCAAGAUACGGCACGGGCGCGUGGACGCGGUCGGCGUCAUGCUCGGCGAGCGCGGCGACUUCGACGCGAGCGCGCGGGAUAGGUUCGGGAACACGCCGCUGAUCGUCGCGUGUCAGAACAACCGGAAGAGGAUCACGAAGUUGUGCGUGAAAGCCGGGAUACCGUUGGACGCGGUAAACGCGCAAGGGAACAGCGCGCUGCACUACUGCUACUCGUACGGGUACUUCGAGCUCGGCGAGUACUUGGUGACUAAGGGCGCGAACCCGGAGGUGACCAACGCCGCGGGGCUGACCCCGCGCGAGACGCUGUCGGAGGACCAGCUGCGGCUGUUGGAGAAGACGCGCGCGGAGGUCGCGCGGAAACGGUCCGGCGCGGGGCGGGGCGGCGCCGGCGCCGGCGCCGGCGGCGCGCGGCGGGUCACCCCCGGCGAGAGCGGGACGGACUACAGCAUGAGCAGCGGCGGGGAGAGCGACGCGAGCGGCGACGGCGGCGGCGACCUGGACUCGUACAGAGAGCUGUACUCCGCCAGGGGAUAG